UCUAUUUCUGAAAAAAAAAAUCAACACAAUUAAAAUCUUAGUUUCAUCAAACAGAGGAAAUAUGCACCGGGGGCUUUUUCUGCUCAUUCUGAUGGGUCAGUGCUCCUUGUUUUUAUGCCGGCACUAUGAGUACUAUUUUAUUGAAGAGCCUAAAACUUGGGACGAAGCUCAGCGCUACUGUAGAGAAGGAUAUAAAGACCUGGCCACAGUGCCUAACAUGAAAUAUAUGGAGACACUGUACACAGAUUCUACAGAGAAUCAAGCAAACGCCUGGAUUGGGCUGUACAGCAUCUCAGGAAAAGAAAACAGGAGGUGGCACUGGUCUCUGCCAGGAGUGGAGUUCAAUGCUGAGGAGAUGAAAUGGAGAGCAGGUGAACCUAAUGAUGCAGGCGGACAUCUUGAGAACUGUGCAGUGAUUGACAGCUCCAGUCAGUUGAUGGAUUUUGGUUGUUCUAAUGAUUUCACCUUUAUCUGCUAUAAUGAACAAAACACAUCACUCAAUUUCAUUGACAAUAAAAAAAAGUGGCGUGAGGCUCAGAGCUACUGCAGAGAGCACCACACAGACCUGGCCAGUGGAGCAGAACAGUUAAACGAAGCAGUCAGUAAAUUUAAGAGUUCUGAUGAACCACUAUUAUGGAUCGGCCUGUUCAGGGACACCUGGAGGUGGUCAGAUGGGAGUAAUUAUUCUUACAGACACUGGAGAGAUGUUGAAAAGUUUAUCCUGAUCAAUGAAAGCAAAAAUUGGGACGAGGCUGUAAAGUACUGCAGAGAGCACCAUCGUGACCUGGUCUCCAUCACAAGCCUUGAACAGCAGGAACUGGUGCAAGAGAAAGCCAAGAAUGCCAACACAUCCCACAUCUGGCUGGGACUGCGCUACAGCUGUGCUCUUGAUCUGUGGUUCUGGGUCAAUGACCAGCUUGUCUGCUAUAAGAACUGGGCCAAUGAGACAGACACUGGAGACUGUAACCUGGCUGUAGCCAUGGAGACAGGAGGAGAACAUAAAUGGUUCAAGAAAAAUGACACAGAGAUGUUUAACUUCAUCUGUUCUUUAUCAUAGGCUUUGAAACCAUGCUAACUUAAAGUUCUAUUAAGUGUUGCAGUCACACUUACUAUAUUUUUCCUUUA